CGCCGCCGCUUUGCCUUCGCUUUCGCUUUCGCCUUCCCAAACCCACUCUAAAACCCUCGCCGCCGGCGCGCCCCCCUCGUCUCCUGCGAAGCCAAACCCUAGAAAAGCUGCCGGAGGGGGAGAGGUAGAGAGGAUGGGGAUCUUCGAGCCGUUCCGGGCGAUCGGGUACAUCACGGCGGGCGGCGUGCCCUUCUCCGUCCAGCGCCUCGGCAGCGAGACAUUCGUCACCGUCAGCGUCGGCAAGGCCUUCCACGUCUACAACUGUGCUAAGCUGAAUUUGGUUCUAGCUGGACCCCAACUUCCCAAGAAGAUCCGUGCUCUAGCAUCCUACAAGGAUUAUACCUUUGCUGCAUAUGGAAGUGAUAUUGCAGUUUUUAAGAGGACUGAUGAGGUGGUUACUUGGAGUAGACAUGAAGAAAAGGUCAACAUGCUAUACCUGUUUGGAGAAUAUGUUCUUAGUGCAGAUGUUAAAGGUAAUAUAUUCAUUUGGGCCUUCAAAGGAGCAGAACCAAACAGUGAGCCAGUUGGAAGCAUAUCAUUGGGAGACAAGUUUACCCCAUCCUGUAUCAUGCAUCCUGAUACUUAUCUAAAUAAGGUAAUUGUUGGUAGCGAAGAAAGCUCCUUGCAGCUUUGGAAUAUCAGCACAAAGAAAAAACUAUAUGAUUUCAAGGGUUGGGACUCACCAGUUCGCUGUUGUGUUUCCUCACCUGCUUUAGAUGUAGUUGCUGUUGGAUGCUCUGAUGGGACAGUUCAUGUUCAUAAUAUACGAUAUGAUGAAGAAUUGAUGUCUUUCAACCAUCAGAUUCGUGGUGCUGUGACUGCACUGUCAUUUCGAACAGAUGGGCAACCGCUUCUUGCCUCUGGAGGUUCUUCUGGCGUUAUUAGCAUAUGGAAUCUUGAGAAGAAACGGUUGCAUUCAGUGAUUAGGGAGGCCCAUGAUGGCUCUAUUGUUUCACUUCAUUUCUUUGCCAAUGAACCUGUUCUGAUGAGCUCAGCUGCUGAUAAUUCAAUUAAAAUGUGGAUAUUCGAUAAUAAUGAUGGAGAUGCUCGUCUGUUACGGUUUCGAAGUGGUCACAGUGCUCCACCUAGAUGCAUAAGAUUCUAUGGCAAUGGAAAAUGCAUCUUAUCUGCCGGUCAAGAUCGUGCCUUUCGUCUUUUCUCAGUUGUCCAGGAUCAACAAAGUAGAGAACUUUCUCAGCGGCAUGUCACAAAAAGAGCAAAGAGGCUUAGAGUAAAGGAGGAAGAGAUCAAGCUAAAACCCGUUAUUACAUUUGACUGUGCUGAGAUACGUGCGCGUGACUGGUGUAAUGUUGUUACAUGCCACAUGGAUACCCCACAGGCUUAUGUAUGGCGUCUUCAGAACUUUGUUAUUGGUGAACAUAUUCUAACACCAUCGUCAGGCACUGAGACACCGAUCAAGGCCUGUGUGAUAAGUGCAUGUGGUAAUUUUACUAUCUUGGGCACUGAAGGUGGUUGGAUUGAAAAAUUUAACCUUCAAUCAGGGAUUAGUCGUGGUAGUUACAUCGACACUUCGAUGGCAAGGCAGUGUGCACAUGAUGGAGAAGUUGUUGGGUUAGCUUGCGAUGCUACAAAUGGCUCUCUGAUUAGUGCUGGAUACCAUGGUGAUAUUAAGGUGUGGGAUUUUAAAACAUGCAAGCUAAAAUCCAGAUUGGAUGUUGGUAAACCUGUCACUAAAAUUGCAUACCACCGGACAAAUGGUAUUCUUGCAACCGUAGUAGAUGAUAUGGUACUAAUAUUGUUUGAUACUGUGGCCAUGAAAAUGGUUCGUAGAUUUGAAGGACAUACAGACCGAAUCACUGAUUUGUGCUUCAGUGAAGAUGGAAAAUGGCUCAUCUCAUCUAGUAUGGAUGGGACUCUUAGGAUUUGGGACAUCAGUUUAGCGAGACAGAUAGAUGCAAUGCAUGUUGAUGUAUCUAUAACAUCACUGUCUAUGUCUCCUAACAUGGAUGUGUUGGCUACCACGCAUGUUGAUCAAAAUGGCGUCUACCUCUGGGUUAAUCAAUCUUUGUUCUCGACCUCAACAAAUAUUGAAAAUUAUGCAAGUGGGAAACAAGUCCGGAAUGUAUGUUUGCCAGCUGUUUCAUCAGCAGAAAGAUCUGAGGAAGAGCAAGCUCGUGAUUCAGGAGACUCAAAUCAGUCAAAUAUUAAACCUUUUGUCAUAUUGGAUCAUCAAAUACCAAAUCUGAUCACCCUUUCCUUGCUUCCAAGGAGUCAAUGGCAAAGUUUGACAAAUCUUGAUAUUAUAAAGGUUCGGAAUAAACCAAUUGAGCCGCCUAAGAAACCUGAGAAGGCACCUUUCUUCUUACCCUCUGUUCCAUCCCUUUCUGGGGAGAUAUUGUUUGAGCCCCCUGCCAGCAGUAAAGAAACAGACAGCAGUACCACUGAGAACACAAACCACAAGAAGAUGGCUGAACUCUCCUCUCAAUUCAGUCAUCUUUUACAAACUUGUGGAGAAACAAAGAACUAUUCGGCUUUUACUGACUACAUGAAAGGCCUGUCGCCAGCAUCUUUAGACAUGGAACUACGACUACUACAGAUAAUAGAUGAUGAGGUGUCAGAAGAUCUGGAGCAGAGACCUGAGCUUCAGUCUAUUUCAUCACUGUUGGAUUAUUUCAUUCAUGAGCUUUCGUGCAGGAAUAACUUUGAGUUUGUCCAGGCUAUUCUGAAGCUAUUUUUGAAGAUACAUGGUGAAACAAUACGGCGACACUCAACUCUUCAGAGCAAAGUAAAGAAGCUCCUUGAGGUCCAGAGCUUAGUUUGGCAGAAGAUCGACAAGAUGUUUCAGGGUGCACGAUGCAUGGUUACAUUCCUCAGCAAUUCACAGUUUUAGUGGCAGGUCCAAUCUCUACAUACCAAGGCAUACCUUAGCCAUUGCAAGGAAUCCUGGCCUCGGUUGCGCAACUGGCACUGGCACUCUGGCAGAGUGAUGAUAUGGAUGGAGUCUUUAAGAUGAAAGGAAAAGGACUCCCAAAAUUGUCUCAAGGGUGGUAAUUUAAAUUGUCCAUAUGAGAUCCUGGAGCAUGUAAACUGAGCAGUGUCCGUGGCUGUUGUACCAUUCUCCUUAACCACUUUGUCACAACAGUGAAGCUGCAAGGAGUCCUUGAUAACGAAACUGUUGGCUACCAAAACUGCUCCAGAUCAUUGUGUAACAAUUUUGUAGUUUUAUAGUUGUUUCCUGUGCUCUUGUAGCAAGUUGGCGUAUCAACACUGUUUUACAAGAAAUCUAAAGGGUUACCGCUGUUGCUAUUCGAGCGUAAUUCCCAUAUGUGGGAGUUUCAUUUGCAUUUUA